AUGGUGUACGACGAUAGCAUCGGCCACUCCCAAGACAGCACUGUUAACGGUCCGCUAAUUAUGCACACCAUACUGUCAGCGACGCACAAGUUCAGCAGCAAAAGGUUGUUGGACACCUUAUGGCCCAUGGAAAGAGCGAGAAACACGCAUAAAUUCGCAGUGGUGCCGAUUAUCGCCACAAGUACCAUGUGGACGGCCAUUAAUGACGUAGCUAUGGUCGAAAACCCAUCGUCUAUAGAAUGUUAA